GUGAGUAGUCGAUAGCGGAUGACUGCAGGCGUCGAUGUGUUGAUGCCUGCUGACAAUCUGGGCAAGUCACUCCGCCAUGGCGCCCGUGGUGUCGCAGGAAGAUUCCCGCCGUGUUUAACGUCACCGAGCAGACAUUCGCCCGCCAAGUUUCGACCCCGGCAGGAAUUGGACCACUUUUGACGUUAAAGCGGCCAUGACGGUGGAGCAAAAUGUCCUCCAGCAUUCUCAAAAGCACCAGCAGACGCUACUAAACCAGUUACGAGAGGUCACAGGCACCACAGACAUUCAGCUCCUUCAGCAGGCCUUGCAGGCGAGCAAUGGAGACCUGGCUGAGGCUGUGACCUAUUUGACAGAGAAAAAUGCCAAGGUUCCACAGCAAGAUGAGACCACCUACUACCAGACUUCUCAGGUGCCCAGCGACAAAUACAUCAGCGUGGGCAGUCAAGCAGACUCAAAUGUCAUUGAUUUGACGGGAGAUGAUAAAGAUGACCUGCAGAGAGCGAUUGCCCUAAGCCUGGCAGAGUCCAAUCGGGCAUUCAGGGAGACAGGCAUCACCGAUGAAGAGCAAACUAUCAGCAGAGUGUUGGAGGCCAGCAUAGCAGAGAACAAGGCAAGUUUAAAGCGUACCCACACAGAAGUAUGGAGCGACUCCCCCAACCCGCAUGACAGGAAGAGGAUAGAUAACUGCCCUGUGGGGUUGAAAAAUGUUGGAAACACCUGCUGGUUCAGUGCUGUCAUUCAGUCUCUGUUUAACCUACUGGAGUUCCAGAGACUGGUGCUCAACUACUCUCCACCAACCAAAAUACAUGAUCUGCCUCGCAACCAGAAGGAGCACAGAAACCUUCCCUUCAUGCAGGAGCUGAGGAACCUCUUCUCACUCAUGGUGGGGUCGAGGAGAAAGUAUGUGGACCCGUCACGAGCUGUGGAAAUCCUCAAAGAUGCCUUUAAGUCCAGUGAGUUGCAACAGCAGGACGUAAGUGAGUUCACACACAAGUUGCUGGACUGGCUGGAAGAUGCCUUCAAAAUUAAGGCUGAAGAAGACCGGGAAGAAGACAAGCCAAAAAACCCCAUGGUAGAGCUUUUCUAUGGACGCUUCCUUGCAGUUGGCGUUCUGGAAGGUAAAAAGUUUGAGAACACAGAGCUGUUUGGUCAGUACCCGCUACAAGUGAAUGGCUUCAAGGAUCUCCAUGAGUGUCUCGAGGCAGCAAUGAUUGAGGGGGAGAUUGAAUCACUGCACUCUGCUGAAAACUCUGCCAAGUCCGGACAAGAGCACUGGUUCACAGAACUCCCUCCCGUGUUGACCUUCGAGCUGUCAAGAUUUGAGUUUAAUCAAGCACUUGGCCGGCCUGAGAAGAUCCACAACAAGCUAGAGUUCCCCUCUAUGCUGUACAUGGACAGAUACAUGGACAGAAACAGAGAAAUUACUAGAAUCAAGAGAGAGGAGAUCAGAAGAUUAAAAGAACAUCUGACACUGCUCCAGCAGAGAUUGGAAAGGUAUCUGAGCUAUGGCUCAGGCCCCAAGAGGUUUCCUUUGGCGGAUGUCCUUCAAUAUGCCAUGGAGUUUGCUUCAAGUAAGCCUGUGUGUACCUCGCCUGUGGAGGACAUCGACUCUUCAACCCCCCCUGGUGGUGUAACGGCACAACAGCAGCCACCUCCAAGCCUGGCCGAGCAGGAUUCUUCAACUCCCUCCGAGAGCUCAGGCUCUGUCUCCGGUCCUUCUCCAACUGCCACUGCAGCCCAGCAGCAGAGAGCAACCAUUCACAAGCCUUUCACCCAGUCCAGACUACCACCCGAUCUUCCCAUGCACCCCGCUCCACGCCACAUCACCGAAGAGGAACUGAGGGUCCUUGAGGGAUGCCUGCACCGUUGGAGGAGUGAAGUUGAAUAUGACACCCGUGAUCUACAGGGCAGUAUUACAAGACUCCACAGAACCAUUGAACUGAUGUAUUCAGACAAAGCCAUGAUGCAGGUUCCUUACCGGCUCCAUGCAGUGUUGGUCCAUGAAGGCCAGGCUAACGCAGGCCACUACUGGGCUUACAUCUACGAUCCUCAUCAGCGCUGCUGGAUGAAGUACAACGACAUCUCUGUUACAAAGUCAUCCUGGGAAGAGCUAGUGCGGGACUCGUUUGGAGGGUACCGCAAUGCCAGCGCCUACUGUCUCAUGUACAUCAACGACAAGAAGCCCUUUCUCAUAGAAGAGGAGUUUGAUAAAGAAACCGGCCAGAUACUGAGCGGCAUGGACAAACUUCCGCCAGACCUGAAGCAAUAUGUGAAGGAGGACAAUGAGCUCCUUGCCAAAGAGAUCGAAGAGUGGGAUGCUUUUCAGGCCCGCAAGGCCCAGCAUGAUAAGUUUACCCUUGCCGCAACAGCAGCGGCAUCCAGCACCUCCACUUCCUCCUCUUCACCACAGCCUAUGAGUAUUGAGUGCAGUCCUCCAGACAAUACAGCCCCACAGCAGGAUCCAGAGUACAUGGAGCAGCCGUCACCCACUAAUUACUCCAAGCACCUACAGGAGGACACAGAGAGGGCCAUCUCCAGAGUGGCUGCAGAACAGGAAGAAAGAAGCCCAGAAGCAUUGCUGAAUGGCACUGAAGGCAAGUUGAGCACCCCCUCCACUCCACCUCCUGACCUUGUCAUGGAGGAUGAGUCCGCUGGCCAGCACACAAUCGAGGUGCCCAUUCCCAACGUGGGGACCUUUGUCAUUGAGUCAGAAGAGGGGGGAUAUGAUGAUGAGGCAAUGAUGACCCCGAACAUGCAGGGUGUAAUUAUGGCUAUUGGCAAAUCCAGCAGAGUAUUUGAAAAGAAUGGGCCCGAGGCAGCCUUUUUUAAGGCUCUCAAGCUAGAAUAUGCUCGGCUACUGAGGUUUGCCCAAGAGGACACACUGCCUGAGAAUGACUACCGACUCCAGCAUGUCAUUGUCUACUUCAUCCAGAACCAAGCACCCAAGAAGAUACUGGAGAGGACAUUGCUCACUCAGUUUGCCGAUCGGAACCUGGCAUUUGAUGAAAGAUGCAAAAGCAUUAUGCAUGUGGCACGUACCAAACUGGACCUGAUUAAGCCCGAAGAGGUCAACAUGGACGAGUAUGAGACAUGGCACCAGGACUACAGGAACUUCCGUGAGACAACCAGUUUCAUGAUCACUGGUUUGGAGCUCUUCCACAAGACAAAUUAUGUGGAGGCGCUGAUGUACCUGAUAUACUCGUUCCAGUACAACAAGGAGCUUUUGACAAAGGGGCUGUAUCGAGGGCAUGACGAAGAGCUUCUUGGUCAUUACCGUCGGGAUUGUUUGCUGAAAUUAAACGAGCAAGCAGCAGUCAUGUUUGAGUCGGCUGAAGAACCGGAGGUGACCACUGGUUUGGGAAUCAUGAAUGAGCUGGUGGUGCCCUGCAUCCCCCUGCUGCUGGUCGAUGACACGGACAAGGACCUGCUAGCAGUAGAAGACAUGAGGAACCGCUGGUGUUCCUAUCUGGGACAAGAGAUGGAACCCAACCUGCAGGAAAAGCUGACCGACUUCCUGCCCAAGUUACUGGACUGCUCGACGGAGAUCAAAAGCUUCCACGACCCCCCAAAGGUGCCCGCCUGCUCCACGCUGGAGCUGUGUGAGCGUUUCAGCCGCAUCAUGAGCGUCAUUCGCAAGGUGGCUGCCCAGGCCAGAUGAAGCACCUUAACCGGGGCCCACCAUGGACCUCUUAACCCUUGCCUUCCUUUUCAAAAUCCAGGGCUCACUCGCUUUCUAGCUCUUUCUCCUCCGUUACUGUUUUGCUGCUCUCAAUUUCAUCAUUUAUGAUUCCACGAGGGCGAAGUGGAGGUUCAGUAAGUUAGCGAAGCACAAAGGCAAUCCCGCAGCUUAAAGAAAAGCACAUUCAGCUUCAAGCUUUAUGAAACAUAGUUUCAUAGUUUACCCAUUUUGAUUUUAGCUCAAGCCUCCCCCCGCCCCUCUCUCUGCGUGUACAAGGUCUGCACACAGUUGGCGUUUAUUUUUCUAAGACAGGAAGAAAAUCUUCAGGUUUCUCAAAUGGGUUUCAUGUCUGCCUGGGCUGUUCCAGAAUGAGAUGUUUCAAGUGCUGUGGUGGACAGCCGUGCACUUUUUCUGUGGCUUGUUGAUAAAUCCAUAGAAUAAAAUUGUAUUUAUGGCCCUUUUAGGCCAAAUUAA